GUCAGGUACCCACUUGAUGUGUGCUGGUGCCCUGUCGUCCUUCCACAGGGCAAAAAUCCAGGCACGCAGGUCUCGCAUGUGAUGGGGAGACGUCCCUCGCCUCGUGAGCGAGAUAAUCGAUGGGAGAGGAAACAAAGAAAUGUUCGGGUCGCAGUCGUUGAAAUUCCUCACUCACCUCACGGGAGGAAUCCCCAGUGGGUCCCACUACGACACAUUUCCGUGGGUGCCAUCAGACCAACCCACAGCGAAGUCCUUUUCCGUCAGCCACCACCGACACCCAAAGGAAAACCCCAUUCACUCCAGACCUCUCGCUCCCAACAGCAGUAGGAUCUCACCGUCCCGACCAUCAUCGUCGUCGUCGCGCGGCCCCAACGACGGCGAAAAAAAAGUUGGGAAACAGUUCACGAUUGCGGGACACCGAUCGUCAGUCACUAGCAAUGCCUAUAGAGUGGAAGAGAAAAAAUCCCCGGUAGCGCACAUGCAUCUGCGCUCGCUAGCCUUCCUCUACCACGAUCGUCAACCAUCGUUCGUUCAUGUCUGUCUGCUGCAAUGCGCGAGCACAACGCUCCCAUCCGCCUUUCACGCCGUCGUUGUAGCUGUCUGUCCCACGAUCUGUCCCUGUGGCAAGAAGGAAGGAAACAAACCGCAUGGCAGGCGAAAACACCCUCUUGAAAUGCACGCGUGACAGCUGAACGAUUCGGCGGCUGGCUGGAGGGCCUGCGUCCUGCCUCUCCAGCGGACACAACCGCCGCGCUGGUCCUUCGUGUCAAAUCCAUCACGAUGAAGCAGAGAUCCCAAUUGAAAAUUAUGAGCUAGUAUCAACGAGAAUCCGAUACCUGUAGAUCCCAGACUCGAUAGUCCGGUUUUACAAUUAUACAGCAUGCCGCAGAUCUUCUUCGCGCGCGCGGGGCUCCCGACAGAUAUAUUCGAGGAGGCUCGCGGGAGAAACA